CAGGCAUGUCACCAGUGUCGGAGACGGAAAUUGUCCUCGCUUGUCCACAGCGACGCCAAGAGACCAUGUUCUACAUGCGCACGGUCGCAUUCCUAUGCUGUCGCGCACGCUCCUGAAGGAGCAGAACUUCCAGAACAUCCUGUCUGCACUUUCGACGAAGUAUCUGAUGCGGACAGUUCGGACCCAUUCGAUAACCCAAAAAGCCGCUUUGAGAGGCUCGAAAACAGAAUCAGCAAGUACUCCUUUUCGGCUCUACACAAGCCAUGCUUACCAGGUUCCCCAGACGAGCUCGAAGCUCUACUCCGCGACAAAGACCCUGCAUCGGCUUCCGCGGCGCCGCCACACGCGCCGUCUAUGCCACCAUCCACUACUCAUACCAGUGCAAACUCCGCAUCGCCAGGGACAAAUGAUGCUACCCCUAGCUCGUCGAUCCACAGUCCCGAUCCCGGUCUCGGCAUGCUGUAUAACACAUGGCCGAAGAACCUACCGGAGCCAACGUUUCUGCGACAUUUAGUGGAUGCGUUCUUCACGUAUCAUCCUGAUGCCAACCGUCUGUUCCAUCAGUCCACAUUCCUAUCGACGCUUACCCUGCCUCCUACUCACCCGCGGUUCCCCGCCACGUCUGUCCUACACGCUAUAUGCGCAGUGGGCAGCAUGUAUACGGCCGCUGUACCGCGUCCGGUCAACCCGAGUUCCCCCGAAUUUUCCCCUUAUGAUAUAUUUCCCGACAAGUACAAAGCUAACGAGGGCAUACCGGAUUCCUUCUCGGAAAUUCAGGCAAAGUAUGCUCGGGUCGCACUUGAUGGUGCGAUGGACGUGACGAAAGAACUCUUCCAGAAUGUUCAGGCUUUGAUUCUCUUAUCCUGGUGGUACUGGUGCAACGCCAAAUGGGCCGAGGCGUUCCUUACUACAUCACAUGCAUUGCGGUACUCUCUCCCUUGUGGUUUGAAUGUUUGCCCGCCAUUUAACACAAUCGCUGAGACUCUGCGGCCUCCAUCGCUACUGCCCUUGGCCAAGACCGUGAUCGAAGAUGAGACAAGACGAAAUGCAUUUUGGAUCGGGUAUGCAUAUGAGCGCAUACAUGGAACCGGUAACGGAUGGGCGAUGGCUCUGGAUGAUUACGAUGUUUCUCAGCUGCUUCCAGUACGGCAUGACCAGUUCGAACAAGGGCUUCUGGUUCUGCCGGAAGAACGGCAGUGGUCGCACGAGAAUGAUGUCUUGCUUGUCCACUCGGGAAACCAAGUCGACGGCUUCAUUCUCUACAUCAAGUCUACCAUACUCCUCUCGAAGGUGAAGAACUUCAACCUCCGCUUCCGCUCCAGGUUCUUCACGGGAGAUCCGAAUGUCAUCUUCCCCGUCCCGCCGGACGUGGCCAGCGAGACGGUCGACCCCCGCGACUCGCCAGCCUUCCGACAACUCGAUCAAACCCUCGCUGUGUUCAAGUCGUCGUUCCCACCACAUCUCAGGAAUCCUACGAGAGAUAAGAUUGACCCCCACCUCUUCGCCGCCACGAAUGCCAUCCCCUACGCUGAAAUGCUUAUGCAUGAACCACAUGCGGUAGUCGGGAAUAACAGUUGUGUCUCCUCCUGCAAGAUAUUGACGGCAGCCCGGACUAUCUUGGAUAUGUUGUACAGUGUAUGCUCAACCAGCUAUGAUCUGCGGUUGCUGGGAUUAUUCCCGAUGAUGUGCUGGUUCAUGUCUGGACGGGUCCUCACGAGAUUUAUGCGGGCUGCCAUAGACAUCCACAACGACGAGUUGUGCACGACGCUCCGAAACGAGAUUGAUUAUAUUCAGAUGUCACUCUUCCGGGUGGGGGACCAUGUCCCUAUGGCUCACCGGUAUGGCAAUAUGUUGCACGACUUCAUCGAGCAGACCUGUGGUGAAAUCUACGCGACCACGACCAUGCCUCUUCAAUCACAACCUCAGCUAGACUUCAUGUCCAUGACAGAUGCCAUGCCAGAUGGGAUCAUCUAUGGCAGCUCCCAAGUGGUACCUACCAUGUAA